AUGACUGACAUUCCGUAUGAGGUUUCGAUUAAUCCCAAUAAGUGCUUCCGUUCCACCCGUCUUGGUCGUACAUGUCAAAUGGCUGGUAGACUUGAGGAAGAGCUGGAUCGAGAACGAAGCAUAGGGAGAGGUGGCUUGUUUGAGCGGCUCAUACACUUAGAAGAACUCGUGGAAAAGGGAAACUCGGAACGUGAAGUGGAGAUACGAAGCGUCCACCAUGGUAUUGGUGGGCUUUGGCAGAAUCUUGAGGCCCUAAACAAACGGACACCAUAUUACGAUGAUCGAAUUGAAGGGUUAGUGGAUGAUGUCCAUAGAAUUCGUGCUAGGAUGAUCGAAGUCGACGAUGCAUCGAUGCGAGUAGAAGAUAGAGUCGAUGCUCUUGAGUAUAUCUCGACACGGAUUCCUAGAACUCGAAAGUGGCCGGGGCGAAAAAGAGCAUCUACGCCUCCUGCUACCAAUAUGGCGAUCACAACCGGAGGCUCGUCAAACUAUUGGCACAGCGGUGUUGUAGGGGAUAUUACAAUACCUGUGAAUGGUAGUGCAUCAGGUCAGGAAUUCCUGGAAGGUGAUCUUUCGGGUGAUCGAUGCGUUGCUCAUUCAUGGACUGUACAUGUCUCACUGAUGCCUACGUCAUCCCAGCCAUUUCCUUUUGAGAAGGACACGGUAGCUUACAAAAGAUGUCUAUCUCGAGGAUUGCAUCGAAAGAUAGUUGUGCCCGAUACAAAUAGUGACUCCUUCAAGGAGGCCGUGAAUUAUGCAUUUGCGCAAGUCUUGCGAGGAAGGCCCUGGCAACCACUCGCGGCCAAGAUUUGCGAGGUUCACAAUCCAAAAGGCCUUCCUAUGCUUCGAGAACUAGAUAGAAAGCUAGUCUGCAGGGAUUAUGAUGUUGAGUUCUUGAAGGAACACUGCGCUGUCCUUGACGGAUGUGGCAGGAUCGAAGACAUAUACAUCGCUCUGCUCGAAGAAACAAUAAACUGGAUCGAGCUGCGGGAGAUCGAGCCUUUCAUCGCAGGAUUAGAAUCUGCAUGGUCUCACGACACAUAUUUAGAUGGACCGCGGUCACAUACACCCCUUCAAGAAUUAGAUGACGAGCUUAAUGAAGUCAUGGUAUCCGAAAAGCGACCAUCAGCUGAUAUGUUACCGUCCUUGCCAGCCAUUGAAAGAUCACCUUCAAGUACGAAGUUGAAGAGACAUGCGUCGGGAAUUUCCAGAACCCCAAGCUUUGGCUCAACUGAGGAAGAAAAUUCUAGGACAAAAUUGAGGCAUAUUUACAAUGGGGCAGGGGCUGAUCUUAGCAGGUGUGCUGAAAUUUUUUGA